AUGCCUCUUUCGCAGCUCGUCUUGCCAUCUUUUACGCUCGUCCUGAGUGAUUCUGGUACCCUCGGCGACUUCCAGCGCGCCCAGAGUCGCGAAAUCCAUAUUCCCCUUUCUGCUCUGUCGAACGACGAGGACUUCAUGCAUACGAUUGACUUCCGCACGGCCCCAGCCCCAGCCUUCACCGUUCACAAAAGCACAUACUGUCUGGACGCAGAUGCCGCCUCCUUAUUCAAGGAUGUGAAGGAGGGCCUUAUUUCAGAUGGGUAUUUCUGGCAACGUCUGAAAAUAGCUGUAUCGAAGGUCAAGGACUUUGGAGGAAGGAUCUUCACCGCUUGAGUUUGCCACCGUUUGGCUCUUUCUUGCACCUCAUCCGUCACACAGUCAAUGCUUCGCCGCCUCUUCUGUUGACUUUCUUCCCGGUGAACCUGAUGUUCUUGGGAUGGUGGAAGUUGCUACGCAUGAUUUGGUACAUUUUGCGUUUCUUCGAAGACAUCCCUAAAUCUGGAUAUACUCACUCUAUUACCGGGAGACGAUCCGAUGUUGAAGUUUGCACUAUCAUGAUCACACCCAGUUAUUCUGUUGGCUUUCUCUGGACAGGAGAGGUGGCGUUGAGCACCCACUCACAAAAAAAUGUCGUCGUCUUCAACGUCUUGAGGCACACGGUUAACCAUCUUGCAAUCUCAUGA